UUUAGUGAUAACGCCAGUAUUUCCUCCCAGUUCCGCCCAUGUGUCGCCUUGUCGCUUCUAUCAACACAACAUCAACAUAUCAGCAUGUGAAAUCCGACUUUCACAGACUGAGUAUACACGAUGCAGUUCAUGGUCCUGGCGGCUAGCCUAGUAGGGGCGUUGGUCAGUUCGGCGGCAGGAUGCAGCAAUGAGGAGGCAGCAGCUUGUCCCCACAUCAGCAGCCUCAUACGUUCCAAGCUGACCUUCCUGGAUGCCUCGAACAUAGACGCCGAAUGCAGAAAAUACAGUCAACUGUUUACUUGUGCCGAGCGGUUUAUUGGCGACUGCGAUCUGAAAAGUCGGCUGUCAUGGCAGCCAAUCGCAAUGCAGAUCAACAACAUAUGUAACCAAUCAAAAGAAGACUACGUGAAGACCGGCAGCUGUUGGCGAGAAGGAGAAAUGGACAUGGAGGUCGACCUGUGCAAUGACGACGUCAAGAAUGUACGUGACUCCAAAGAGAUGUGCGGAGCUCUCGACAUGUUCGUCGAUUGUUGUGGGAGAGCUGCGGAAACGCUGUGUGGAGCAGAGGCGAAAAAGGUGAUGCACAACUUGGCCACAACCUACGUUUCCUUGAGCAGGGGGGCCGUAUGCACAACAACACAAUCACCUUCAACAACAUCAAGAACCGCAACAACCACAACAGCAACGACAACAACAGCAGCGACAACAACAACAAUAACAGAAGCUCAAGAUGACGCAUCAAUGAACCACACGGCUGAGGGAAAAGUCGGUGUUUCGACAUCAAUGACGGCAGACGCCGCCAUCGGGGCAACACAAACCGGAAGUCGCACGAUGUUUGAUUGUCAGAAACUUUUAUUCAUAAUAACAUGUGUCGUCCCCUUUCUCAUCCAAACCCUAUUUCCAUAGAGCAGCGUCAGACCCGUGGAGCUCCGGGGUAGAAUAGGUUUACAGACCGCCGUCAUAUAGCUAGAAUAUUGCUGAGUGCGGCGUUAAGCAACAUGAAACAAACUAGAAAAGCGUUAACCUGAGAAAGAAACAUUAACAGAAAUGUAACUUUUUUUAAAUAUUUCAUCAUAAAACGGGUAAAGUUUUUGACAACUGCAUCAGAGAAUAUUUCUCCAUCACUGCCAGUAUACUGUUUUACCGCUGUACUGUACAUAUAUUGAUUGUAUGUCUACACAACCUUGGGAGCAAAAGGAAGCAUAGCGAGUUGUUUUUAUGUAACUGAAAAUUGAAAGACUGUUGUUAAACUAUGUUGUUUCUAUUUAACCAUAACGACGUAUUCCUGCAACAGUUUGUAAAAGGUAAUCUGUGACUGGGGAAUUGUCAGAAAAAUAUAUUGAUUCGAUGAAGACUGGGGUAAGAAAUGAAUUUGCAAUAACAUGAAAUUUGUUUGAAAUUUGGGCCGAAAAAGUAAAUUUAUUGAUUUUCAAAUAUAAAUUAUCUAAGAUACCCAUCAGCAGUUGUGUAUUAUGGGAAAAGCUAUUUUGAAUUUUUUUAAAUUUGAAAUAAAAUUAUUUUUCAAAAUAUAUAACCAUGUGGAAGUAUGCUUUUAGCGCCGACGAAGCGCCAGCACAGAUAAGGUUUGGACAAGAUAUCGCUAACUUAACAUACAUGAUAAAUCAACUGCGAUGUAUUGGUUCUUUUGCUUCCCUGUGUCCAAGUAUGUAAUUCAAUUAUAUAGGGCUUUUGUUUACAAUUCUAUUUGUUGAUGUUUACAGUUAUAUUUGUUGAUGCCAUGUAUUGUUAUAGAAAACCCUUCUCCUCGGACAAUAAACCCUCGAGAAAGUCCUUGGAAUGGUUAUAUCCGGACAGGUGACAUCAGGGCUAUAACGAGCUAAUCCUGCCACAACACAUUCCAGAAAUACAGACUUGUAUCCGGAACGCCUCCAUAAACACUCGAUGCUUUUUUGACGGCAUUCACAUUUUACACGUGCAUUCACGCUAUACACAUGCAUUCACUCUGAACACAUGCAUUCUCGCAUGUUGUCAUGCGCGUAUAUAAAGUAUAUUUUACGGGUGAUUCAUUCCCUUCGCAAGGCCAGCUCGUCACAACAUCUUUCCUAUUCACCACCACUCACACCUUCAGUUGGGGGCACGGGUGGCCAUGUCGUCUAAGGCGCCGCGAUUCGCUGUGCAGAGUUGCGUCCCUUGGGCACGCCAGGAACCUAUGAUUGUGGGUUCGGAUCCCGGUUCGCCCCGAUUAUGUUUCUA